ACGUGGUUCCCCUGCAGCCAGAGGUAAGCAGCUACCGGCGCGGGCGUAAGAAACGGGUGCCCUACACCAAGGUGCAGUUGAAGGAGCUAGAGAAGGAGUACGCGGCCAGCAAGUUCAUCACCAAAGAGAAGCGCCGGCGCAUCUCUGCCACCACGAACCUCUCCGAGCGCCAGGUCACCAUCUGGUUCCAGAACCGGCGGGUCAAAGAGAAGAAGGUGGUCAGCAAAUCGAAAGCACCUCAUCUCCACUCCACCUGACCGCCCACCCGGCCGCCCGCCCCGUCUAUUUAUGUCGCCGCUUUGUACCAUAACCGAACCCACCGAAGGACGCUUCGCGGGUGCAGACAAAUAUUUAAUGUUAACAAGAAAGGAGCCGCCCCGCCGAGGCAAAGAGGCUCGGAGGGCGCGGCCUGCCGCCCCCUACUCCCCACCUCAUCCUCAACCUAUGUCCUGUGCAGAUGGGACCUAAGAGCCUCAACAGCUUUGGAGGUGUGUCCGGGUGGGCUGUGGGAGGAAGGCUGCCGGCCUCCACUCCCCCUCGCCCGCAUCCCUCGCCUUGCCAGAAAGCCUAGUGGCAGCAAAGAGCCCGAUCAUUCCAACCAAAGCAGGGUUGGGGAACCCCAGAUGACCCCAUUCUUGCCUCACCCUUUGCCCAGGCAGGUAGACGACCCUCCUGAGGGUGUGGCCUCGAGCAGGACCUGGCGAGCUCAUACUUUACUUCCAGACCCUCCUGUUCCCUGUCCCUUCCGUACUCCUUAGUUAGGCAAGAUUUCCCACUUAAGAUUUUCUGUGCAUAUUUUUAAAGUUGUGUUAAUAUUAAUGAUAAUUAUUAGGGAUCUGGCAUCGUGAUUGGGGUAAAGACAGCACAUAGGUUUUCUUUCUCUAUUUGUUUAAACAAAAUCCGGAAUUGGCCGAGGAGCCACCUACCCCACGACCUCAACCAAGAAACUGAAUAUCCAGGAGCUGCCUUUGCCCCAUUGGCUCCUUGUUCUGCUUUCAGUCAUCAUGCGGAAAUUCAAGGAGGAUGGAAACUCCAACCCCACUGCUAAAUAUGUCUCCUCUCUCUUUCUCUCUUCUCCUCCCUCCCUCUCUUUGUCUCUCUCACUCUCUCUCUCUCUCUCUCUGGUGAGUUUGGGGAUCAGUCCAGGCACAGAAACAGCUUUUUUCUAAGGAAAGGACAAAUUUCUCUUCCGAGGGGAUGGAGAGUUGGUCCCCUGUCAGAGUCGUCCCUCUCUGGUCAUUUCUCCAUGGAGGCCAUAACUGGGGAGAGGCCUCUCACACUUUCACUUUUACUGAUUGUCCAGAGGAAAGCAGUUUUCCUCAAGGAGGUGAAAAUAAUCAGCCCCCAAUUAACCAGCUAAUGUAGAUGCUGCCUAACAUUUCCCUUCUCAAAGGCCAACCUGGUGCUGGGGGGGGACCCCCUCACCUCCUCCCUUCCCACUGGUGCAUUACAAAACAGUGUUCUUUUAAAAUCUUCAUCAGAAAUAGGCUUUUUUUAAAUGUUGUGUAUCUGUAUAUAGUAUUGUGAUGUCUGAAUGACAAUGUACUGAAUGCAAAAA